GAUCAAAGCAACAGUAUCAUUCUAACAGAUCCGCAAACAUGAAGACCAUCGCCAUUGUUUCUCUUGUUGUUUGCAGCUUCUUGCUGUUCGACGCCACAUCAGCUCACCCCUUGGCUGAUUCGGAAGUUGCAUCCGAUGAGGUCAUUCUGAUUGAUCCAGUUCCAGCACAGCGCCCUAGUAAAGACAUUAUAAUUGAUGCAUCCAUUCAGGCCCAGGCUCAUGUAGUGGUUCCAGGCUCAGUUGCCGAGGAGCUCGUUAAAAUUAUUGCUGAGGCUUUUCAAACCCAAAAGUCUGGAAAAGUCAAUGGUCCGCAAAGCCGCAGCAAGCGCAUUACCUGUGACUUAUUGGAUGCCUCUGGUUGGUCCAAAACUUUGUGCGCUGCCCAUUGUAUCGCUUUGGGACACCGAGGUGGCUACUGCAAUGGAAAGUCUAUCUGCCAAUGUCGUGAUUAAAAGCUGACAUUCGAAAGAUAAAAUGGAAAGUAAGGAGAGGACUUAAAUUAAUUUCAUUUAAUGCCAUUAAAAUCUGUAGCAUUUCUGUGUGUUCAAAUAUAAAUCAAUAAAUAUUUUUAGUUGCGGCGAUCGAUAGCAAA